AUGAAUCAAUUAUCAAUGUCAUUCGAUGAACAACGUGAUGUUAAUUAUCUUCCAUUUGAUCCAAAAACAGUUGUGACUGAUUUGCAAAAAGCAAUACCCGAAUUAGAUCUUGUUGGACUUGUACAUAGUAGAAAAUGGUGUUGUGAAAUGCUCCAAUGUAUUACAUUAGGAUCUGUAACAAAUGACAAUGAAAAUAAUGAAGAUGAGUUAGAAGAUGGAAUUAAUUUGAAUGUAACAGCAAGAGAAUUAGGUACAUCAUCAAGUUUAUAUUUAAUGGCCAAAAGUUAUUUUGAUCUUCGUGAAUAUACUCGUUGUGCACAUCAUUUAAGAAAUUGUACAAAUGGUUAUGGUUUCUUUCUUCGACUCUAUGCAUUAUAUCUUGAUGGUCUUAAACAUCGUUGUGACGAUUUUGUCGAUGUAUUUCCUGAUACAGCGAGCAAUCAACGACAAGCAACAACUAAAGCAUCACUGGAUAAUGCAUGGCUAAUACGUCUUCGUACAGAAUUAACAACUAGUGAAAAAAAUCAACCAUUAAAUGGUUAUAGUUGUUAUGUUUAUGCUCUUGUACUCAAACGAUUAGGUUUAUUGAAUGAAGCAUUACCUUACUUUGUACGUACAGUUAAAGCAGUACCUCAUCUUUGGUCAGCAUGGGAAGAUCUUGUUACACUCAUUGAUAGUGAACAAAAGGUUAGAAAAAAAAAACUUUAA